AUGUCGGACGUGGAUGAUUUAAUUGAAGAACUGUUCCCUAAGAAGGAGGGUGGGCGUGCACCACCUGAGGGGAAGGGUGGAGCUGCAUGCGAACCCCCUGCCUCUCAAUCAAACUGGGAUGACACCGACGAAGCGAACAGCGAGGCCGAAACAACAACAAGAAACCGGGGAACUUCGGUUAGCUUAGAAGCAGCAGCCUCAACAACAGCAAACGUUGGGGACGGAAGAGGAGAAGAUUUUGACGACAGCGACGAGAGUGUGGAGGAAACUGUCAUGGGAGGUCGCCAUACCGUUCCUUUUCCUCCCACCCCAGGCAACAUGAGCAUGGCAUGUAACAGCAAAUGCUUUGUAACAAAUGUCGGCUCAGGGGAGCUCCGUCACCCCUCUGUUGCGCAGCUGCUUCUGACAGGAGAGGGGAAAUAUGACAAAUGUUCCUCAAAUGAGCAACUGCUGCUUCGCAAGGGUGCCUUUCACGCACUUAAAGCGGACGCUGGAAAUGGCUGCACAGACAAGACGGCAGAUGAGGACGGUCGAAAGGGCGGCUGUCCAUUUAUUCUUUGCCGUAAGUGCAACUACACUGUUAUUCGCCUCCAAGAUGCGGAGUGGGACGACGAAGAGGGUAAAAUGGAUUUGUACCUAACAGUUAGGAAUUUUUAUCCCGAUUGGAGUCGUCUGGCUAGUUCACUUCCCGUUGGGCAAAUGCGUAGAGGAGAGCAAAAUACUGUUUUGAAAACAUGCCCCGAUUCCGCUGCAUAUUGCUGUCAAUGCUCUUGGUUGACCGUAAAGUGCGCCCAGGAGGUCAUAGACACACGAGUUACAGAUCACACAAAGUUUGUUGGAAAGGAGCUAACAUGUUGUUUCGCAACGCAACUUCCCCUCAUCAGUGGUGAAAAGCGCCGGCCACCUCUUUGGGUGUGUGGGGGACACGUGCCAAAGCAUUAA